AUUCAUCGAAUUUGAGGAUGAAAUUGCUGCUAAUACAUCAGUAACCUCUAUGAAUAAUUUUGAGUUGGGAGGGUUGAUGUUACGUGUAAGGAAAGCAGUAAUUGGUGGACCUCUUAGGAUGUCAUCAUCAUCAACUUUACUGUCUGCAGCAGCUGCAACUGCCAAAGCUCAAAAUGUAGCAGCAAAAAUAGCAGUGGAUAUUGUAUCAAGAAGUCAAACAUCUGUGGAAUCAGUUGCUCAAGAAGAAAACAUGA